AGGCUGCAGACUCCUUAUCUAGAGCUCUGACAAAUUGUUUCAUAAGGCCCAAUUUGAUGUGCAGUGGUGGCAUCAGCACCUUCCGGGGGUCCCAGCCAUACUCAUCAUACUUCAAGGCGUCCAGCAAGAUCUUGAUGCUGUUGUAAUCCUCUUUGAGGUGCACCGAGUGAGCCAGGGGAAGAGACGUGUACUUGUUACCAUUAUGGAGCAGCACGGCUUUGAGGCUCCUGGAUGAGCUGUCAAUGAAGGACAGUAUAACGAGAACAUGAUGGGAGACUACAUUUGGGGGCUGAUUCGUGAAAGUGAUUUACAGUAUAAUCGUAAAUCUCGAAAAACUACUCACUUCUAAAUCUUUUGUAGUCACUUUACUAUUACCUCUUUAUAAAUACAUGUUAAUUUGGAUUCAUAUGUUGUUUUUUUCGGACUUUAUGUGAACGAAAAGACACAAAUUCGACCGUUUCCUCAUUGGAAAUAGGUAAAUUUCAAAAUAUCACUCCUGGUCACAAAAGCAAAGUUUGUGGGGAAUAAUAGCCAUUUUCUAUACUUUUGAGGCAUAAGCAAUUAGGAAAUAACACUUACUACCCAGGAACAAAAAUUGUGUUACAUAGUGUAAUAAUAAUAAUAAUAAUAAAAUGGUUAAAUAAUACUUUAGUGUGUGGUGUUUGCCUGCGAGACUGACAGCGAUUGGUAUGUAUAGGGUUUGUUGUAUCCUAAUAUAAAAUAAAGUUGAUUAUAUAACUUGAGUAAUUUUUAGAAGUAUUCGCAAUACAAAUUAUGUCACUGGAAGCAUAUGUGAUUAUUAUUAUAUGUAUUUAUUUUUUUUAAAUUCACGGUAUCACGAUAUGGAAAUUAUUGAUGUCAUAUCAAAAUAUUGAUAUUGGUGCCCAUCACUAGCUUUUACAUUGUGAGGAAAGGGGAUUCCAGAGCUGCCAAUACACAAUUGUUUAGUCUGUUGAAAACGUUCAAACAAAAAGCUGGAUAUCUGAUGAAUGAAUAAAUAAUUAGUGUGUGUGUUAUUUAAUUAUUUUCUUUUAAAAAUGAGCAGUACAUUAAUACAAAAAGUAGUUCAUGACUAAAAUGUAUUUCAAUACAGUUUUAGUAUGAGCUAAUUCUUAAAUAUACAUUUUAUUUUACAGGUUGUGUACUGAACAGUCAUAUUUUGGUUACCUUUCAGAUCCACAAAAAAAAAUAUUGUAAUACCUGAGUCUAGAGUAUCUUUUUGGUUGAAAUAUUUAAAUGUGCGCAGCAGUCUUCUCUAAUGUCACUAAAGACACUUCUGGCUUGGCUUUCUGACCCUGGCACUGUGACUAAUGCCUUUGUAUGGCCAGUUUGUAUUGCGAGAGGUUGUGGUCUGCAUGAAGACAAAAGGGCUCUGUGAUUAAUCAUUACAAACUACAGAGAGCGAGGACACAAGACACUCGGUAUCAGGACUUCGGCAGCCAAUUGUCUCGUUAUCUUUAUUGCUCAUCAACCUUGACCUGCUCCUGGUGCCCCUCCCCUUCUGACGUGACUUCACCUGAUGCUUCUCAAGUAUCCUGCGGGCGGAGGCAGAAACACACACACAUUCAUCACCCCUACUGUGAGCAGACAGAUAGAAAUUCCUUGUGGAAAUGGUGCUGCAUCCGGCAAUACUGGCGUCCAGGGAGGGAAACCUCUUGACCCUGCAGGAGCUGUGUGCUGCAGGGUCUCUGACCCCAGACAUCACUGACCCCCUGGGGGCCUCCCCUGUCCACCACGCUGCUCGCUGUGGCCACCUUGACUGUCUGCGCUUCUUGAUAACCGAGGCACAUCUCCCUGGCAACCUGGAAGCCAGAAACGGGGCUACCCCAGCCCACGACGCUGCUGCCACUGGCCACCUGCCCGAGCUGCAGUGGCUGGUCAGCUCUGGGGUCUGCAACUUGGAGGACCGGGACAGUUCGGGGGCAACAGCGAUGCACCUGGCUGCUCGGUUUGGUCACACAGAGCUGAUGCAGUGGAUGGUCCAGGUGGGCGGGGGAGCGGGGAUGGAGACAGACUGCGGGGCACUGCCAGUUCAUUACGCCGCCGCUAAGGGGGACCUCACCAGCCUCAAACUCCUAGUCAGCCAUGAGCCAGGGUGUGUGAACCGGCAGACGAGGAACGGUGCCACGCCCCUCUACUUGGCUUCACAGGAGGGGCACCUGCACAUCGUGGAGUUCCUGGUGAAGGACUGCGGUGCCAGCGUCCUCCUGCGAGCUCAAGAUGGCAUGACCGCGCUGCACGCCGCGGCUCACAUGGGCCACCACGCCCUGGUCGUCUGGCUGGCCUCGUUCACAGACAUGAGCCUCUCGGCGCAGGAUAACGAGGGAGCCACGGCACUGCACUUUGCCGCCAGCGGGGGGCACCACAGGAUCCUGGAGCGUCUCCUGCGCAUGGGGGCAAAGGUCAUUAAGGACCACUGGGGAGGAACCCCCCUGCAUGACGCAGCCGAGAACGGAGAGCUAGAGUGCUGCCAGAUUCUGGUGAUGAGCCAAGUGGACCCGCGAUUCCGUGACAGAGACGGCUACACAGCCGGGGACCUGGCUGAAUACAACGGGCACUAUGAGUGUGCCAGGUUCCUGAAGGCAGUGCAGGAGUCACCCUCCCCAGCUAACAGCUCUCUGCUGGUGAUCAGCAAUAACGAGGCGGACAAGCGAUCAAAGACAGCCGUGGCAAGGCAUCCCAGUACUGGAGACUACUAUCGCUCCCUCACCGAAGGCAGCAGGGACUCGCACAGCUACAGUGCGGGGAUGGAGAAUGGCAAGAAGCAGCCCCUGGUCAACCCCCCGCUUGGCAUGCCUCCACCUCCUCCAGCACCACCUUUACCUCCAACCAAGAACUCAGGGGCCCAGAAAGCACCAGCACACAGACAGGGUCAGACAUCUACAGAGAUUAAAUCUUUCAACAUGACGCUGCCCAGUAACGACAACAAACAUCUGUUUGAUGAAAUGAAGACGACAAAAACAUUGAAGCACGCAGGGAUCACAGCAGUGUUCACAGGGCAGAAGGCAGAUUCUACGGGGAAUGGGACUGUGGCGUUGCCCGCUGAGGAGGUGAACGUGGUGGAUAUCGAUUCUUUAGUCCCCACCCACGAUGAGAAGGGACGUCCAAUCGCUGAAUGGAAACGUCAGGUGAUGGUGCACAAACUGCAGGCCCGGCUUCAGGAUGAGGAGGAGCAGAGGAGAAAGGAAAACGGAAACAAAUAUCUUCAGAUGGAAGGCUGGAGAUAUUCCCAAGCUCACAAUGCAAUCCUGGGUCCUUUUGGAGAGUUGUUGACUGAAGAUGAUCUCAUCUAUUUAGAGAAGCAGAUUGAGAAUGUGCAGAUGAAGAAGAAAUGUCAGGCGUAUGAGUCUGAGCUGGCCAGGUUGGCCGAAGAGCUAAGAACCAUUCUGCCUGCCCCCAUCGUCAAUAUAACGGUCAACACACAGUUCAUGCAUCAGAACGCAGGAAAGGAUGGACACAUCUCUCUACCUGUGUGGUGCAACCGCAUAUCAGGCAUUGUGAAGAGUAUGUCCCUGCUUCUGGCCAAUCUUAAUGAAAACAAGGAAAACAAGGAGAUCUCCAAGAUGCCCAACACUGAACUUGCAACCGUCUUCUCUCAGAGGCCAGAGAGGAAGAACUCUACCCGUGGGACCAAGGAAAAGGUUGAGAUAGAGAUCCAGCAGUUUGGAGUGUCUGUCAGGAACUUGAGGUCCAACUUUGAGAGGCAAAGUCCCACAAAGGAGAGGACCUCUCCAUUUGAAGAAGACAGCAAAGAGGACAUUAUAGAAGAAUAUAGGCCGGAAAGCCCCGCCGUGGCAUCUGAAGCAGAAACUCACACCACAAGCACCAUAGAUCCACCAAAUCAGCUUGGUGAGGAAGAUCAAUCAUAUCUUUCACAGCCUGAUGAUACCAGUGACUCUGGAAUUGGCUCUGAGGAAGCACCUACUGAGGGAAAUAUUUCUCCAGUUCAGGAAUCAACUAGCCUGAGGAAAGAACGCAUUGUGGUCUUAUUCCUUGGUCACUGGAAGAAAUCAGCAUACACCAUGACCUUGAAGAUAAAGGAUAUUAAGAGGAAACAGAGCCUUGCAGGGCAGGCAGCCACCGAGCAGGUAGAGGAGAAAGCCGAGGAGGAAUCUGGACAGUCCAAGAGGAACAUGGAGAAUGGCAAGCUAGGCCACUUCUUCCAGCAGAGAAGUGCUAUCAACAAAAUGAUUGGAAACUGGAGGAACAUUAUCUCUCAUGUCCCCUCACGACAGAUACGGCGCUUGAACCGACAGCAGAUUACAUACUCGCCAGAGCAGUUCCUGCCUCGUGUGAAUGGGGCUCCCCUUGACUACCACAGUCUGACCCUUGACCUCUUUAUGCUGGGCUACUUUCACAUACUAGAGCUGGAGCUUCCACCUGAUGAGAGGAAGAUGAGACACCUGCUCUGCUUCGAGGUCUUCGACCACCUGGGCAAGUUCAGCUGGGAGACUGUCCGCAACUUUCACAAGGCGGUCAUCGAGGAGAUUGAUGCAGGCAGCCGGGAGUGGAAAGAUGGCUUUGAGGACAUCAAACUUAAGUUCUUUGGGAAUGUGCAAAACCAGCCGCUGGAGGCAACAGACUCUGCCAAGCAGCCCAUCGCCACAGUGAGACAGGUGCCCAAAGUCAUUGUUCAAAGUGCCACUCCAGAUGAAGAAGAGGACCUGAUAAGGAAGAGUGGCUCUGAUCUCAGCAGCUUCAGCAACGAUGAGAUCUGCAAGUACAUCGAUCGCAGCUUUGCUUUCUGGAAGGAGAAAGAGGCAGAGAUCUUUGACUUUGCAGAAUAGGCGCUGCCACCACUUUUUGUUCUUUUUGUUUUGUUAAUAGGUCAAUAGCUUAAAGGACUACACAGUAUGUCAUCCUGUUGGUCGACAGUUAUGGAUUUUAAAACAUUAUUUUAAAAAGAUACAGCAAUCCCACACGGACACAGACCGCAAUUUGCCAUUGAGGAAACUGCACUAUUUAUUGGCAAAGCAUCUUGCUUGACAGAUGUCUGUGUGUGUGUGUUUUUUUCUUUAUUCUUCUGAGAAAUACUUUAAUUUACAAGGCCGUCUUACUUGGUGCUUUAGCCAUUUUUACAUGCUGUGCUGAUGUCCUCUCUAAGAAGUUAGCUUUGUUAGCAAAAUUGUAUCUAAUACAAUACCUUUAAAAAAGUCAUUCACAAGAGCAGCUGCAUAGAUAAGUAGUUGACAGACUUAAGCUUUGUUAUAAAUUUCCUCACCGGGUUGAAAACCACUUCUCUCAUGAUAACCCUUUCACUGCUAUUUUUUUAUGGCAUAUUUCAUUCCUAGCUUGAAUUAGCAAUUGGUAUCUGCAUCCAAUAGGCCCAGACUUCUCCCAUCAUGCCACAUUAGUUAAUGCUAAAUAUCUGAUUUAUUAUUUUCACAGUUUACAAAUCAAAACAGAAAGUAAUGUAUACUACUUGGAAAUACCAGCCUUUGGGUUUAACUCCUCCCCCUGACUCCUCCCCCUGACGCUCUCCCCUGAUACAACCCUGCUUCUUCACAAAGUGUUUAAACUAGCUUACAAAUGAAUACGUAUCUAAGUAGAUUUGUCAGUUUCUUAUGAUACUGUAGUCUUGUGGACACUUCCCACCAAAAAACUUAAUAACAAAAACUUAAUAACAUUUAACUGCUUUUAACAGAACAAAACACACAUAUGUUGUUGAACUGUAACACUUUUUAUAUAAUAUACAUGUUAGUUACCCCUCCUUAAAAAUAGUGUGUGUCUGGUGUUGAAUAUCUGUGCAUGAGAAAACAGUUGGUAAAUAGCAUGUCUAGGAGCGUCUGUGAUUAGUGGUCGGCUCAGGUUGACUCCUGGAUUUUACAGGGUGCAUUUACAGUAGUUAACUAAGGUGUCAUUCACACUGGGUUCAUUUCAAACAGUCACAAUUCGGUUUGUUUGCUUUGAAACAAUGUAUCCAUGUACUAGCUGUUCACACUGUCCUUGUGUGUAAACGAACCAAGUUCAUUUUGAUGGGAACUGGAGUUUGUUUUCUUGGUUCACUUCCAUUUUAUGAGAAAUGGACCGGAUGUUUACAUUGUCCUGUCUGACAAAGCACCUUGGUAAAGACGGCAGCGAGUGAGGGAAUGAUUUCUUUAUAUUUAGCAGUUUGGGCAAUAUUCUAUAAUGUCGUUACCAUCAACGAAGCGAGUAAUGCAGAGCACAGGGGAAGGGUUACCUGUAUAGAGUGACAGCGGUCUCGGCACAUUCACUGCAUCAUCAACACCAGCAAUCCUCUUUGUUUGAUAAAGAAGGUGGCACUUAAAAGAAGAUACCGAUGAAUAUUGAUGUUUUUGAGGACAGAACCACUGGGCAACAAUACAUUGAAAGGGUACGAAGAUAUUUUUAUAUUUUUCAUAAGUUUAAGCUUAUUCUGUAUGCAGUAUAACUAUAGAAAGGGCAGGGGUCUCGCUAUACAUUACAAGUAGUAUUCUGAAGUGACCUGCUGCAAAAAAAAAAACACACUUCCAUGAAGGUGUUUCCAGGUGAUAUGUGCAAAAGCAAUAGUGAAAGCAGUGAAACCCAUCUAUACAAUAUCAAGCUCCAAGGAAUAAGUGCUACCACCGAUUAAUCAAAAUCACAAUCAUCCUUUUCAUUUAUGGGAUUUUGUGUCGAAUCAUAGUAAUAAUAACAUUUCUGUUCAUCUUUAUUAUCUUUAGCAUUAUUGGUAAUAAUAAUAAUAAUCAUAAUCAUAAUAAUAUCAACAUUGGAAAGUUUCAAUGAUUGUUUCAUCUGUGCAUUUAUAUAUCUAGAUUGUGGAGAAAAAAAUAUAAAAAAAUGUAUUAUUAUUACUACUACUACUACUACGAAUAAUAAUAAUAAUAAUAAUAAUAAUAAUAAUAAUAAUAAUAAUACCAUAUGGGUUCCCAGUAUCUACAGAUGUAUUCUGAUCCAAUACCACCGUUUCAUUUUCCACAUCAAGAGAGUACAAGACGUUAUCAGGUCCAGAACAGGGUCUUGUGCCCAGAAUUUCAUCAAGUUCGUGAAAAUUUGGACACUUGUCAGUUACAGCAGCCGACAAUCCACUUUCUUAGCAUGUCUCUUGUUUUGAAGUAUUUUUGGUGCAUUGCUUGCAACUUCUUAUAAAUCCUUUAUCUUUCAGUCUGAGAAAAAAUAGAGUAAAUGUUUGUGUUCUUGUGGGUUUUAUCAAGUUCUGUCUGAAUUUUGCUGUCUGACCAAAUUCGUUCCCCUAGACACACCUGUUUCAUAACUACAAUUGAAUCUUCCGGUGGAAGUCAACACCCUGUUAGUUUCUUGUCUGCCAACGAACGAGUCCCUCUGCGGUUCACAUUUAUGUUUAUCAAGCAAACCGAACUCGGUGCGCUGGUUAAACGGAGGUGGUCUUAGUUCGGUUCGAUUUGUUUACCAGUCGAACUUUGCUGUUCACACUGUUCUGCAAUCGAACCGAACCAUUCUGAGUACGGAAAAAAGCCCGUGUGAACAGGCCCUUAGGCUCUUUGUGGCAUGAGAUUGGUAUGUUGCAUACAUUGUGUUGUCUAGGCAGAAAUUAGAUAUUUAAUGACUUAAAUAUUUAAAAUCUUUUUUGCUUCACAACCACAGUGAAUCCAGCCUCUCUUAAAAAAAGUUAUUAAUUACAAAAUAGUGUUGGUAUUUUUUUUUUAUUGUAAUGUUUUUUAAAAAAGAAAGCUACAUACAAUGACGAAAUUCCGUGCCGACCAACGUCUUCACAGGACAUCUUCCUGAACAAAUAUAUGUGACGUGACACAUUUUAAUGGAAGGAAAGUGUAACUCUGGAUCCUAUUCCCAAAGCUUAAUGUCAUGAGUAAGUUUAAGGUUUUUUCAAAGUUUGUUUUUAUGAAUAAGAUAAACUUUUACAUUCAUCAAACUGUUCAAGACCUUUGUUAAAAAUGCAAACCAUUUAGAACACUUUUAUGACCUUUUUGAGGUGUUUUUUGUUUCUGUUAAUUUCUAAUUUAGAAUACCUGUUGAUUUGGUUUAUGUAAUUUAUUGCAUAAAAUUAUACUUAUGUUUUCCUGGG